AUGGAGAAGCAACAGCUUAGAAGAAUAAAGGUUAUCUCUUCACAUUUGAAGGAAUCGGAUAGAGAUCAAUUGGAUUGCAAUAGCACUGCUGCAAAGUCACUCCAUGAGUUGGUUGUUCGCGCACAGACUCAACGUAACCAGAAGAGCACACUCUCUCUCAAGGGUUUGGAGGAGUUGAAGACCUACGUUGGCAAGGACAUUGGUAUCACCCAAUACCUCAAGAUCACCCAAGACAGAGUCAACGACUUUGCCGAGGCCACUGGUGACUUCCAAUGGAUUCACGUCGACCCUGAGCGUGCUGCUGCCGAGUCACCAUUCGGAGGACCAAUCGCUCAUGGCUUCUUGACAUUGUCACUGGCACCAAUGUUCGCCGAGGAGGUGAUGCCCAAUGUCGAGGGCGUCAAGUACGGUGUGAACUAUGGCUUCAACAAGGUUCGCUUCUUGUCACCAGUGCCAAUUGGCAGCAACGUCAGAGGAAAGUUCAACCUUCAAGAGCUGACCGAGGUGUCUGGCGGCGCCCAAGCCAUCAUCAAGUUGACCUUUGAGAUCGAAGGCUCCAACAAGCCAGCAGCAAUCUGUGAAUGGAUCAUCAGGUACUACCUUUAA